UGUUGCAGUUCGCUCUCUAGUCGCGCGCAGCUUCUUCCGGCACAUCACACCUCUUUAUUCAGUGUAUUGUGAGCUCUAUUCGACCGCUGCCAUCCAGAAGUUUCUCCACUGCACAUCACCGGUUGUCAGGUCGCCUACGAGGAUGAAGGGAGCGAAAUUGGCCGUGGUUUUGAGCGUGUGUUUGGCCUUGGUCCUCCUGACUGAGGCGGCGCGAAGCAGGAAAGACUCCAGCAGCCAGAACAGCUUCAGGAGGGCGGCCAGUGGCUUCUACCAAACCCUCGGCAGUAUCUUCGGAGAGGAGAACAUCAGGGCUCUGUACAAGUUCUUCUCAAAAACUACGGAGAAGUUUGUUCAUGGAGUCGAUUCAUUAUUGGACACCUUGUGGAAGCUGUGGGUGGAUCUGCUCGAUGUAAUGGGCAUCGACUCCUCUAACCUGACGCACUACUUCAGCCCAUCGUCUGUGUCCAGUUCUCCUGCUCGCGCACUCCUCCUGGUGGCAGCCUUGCUGGUGGCUUACUGGUUCCUGUCCUUGUUCCUGAGCGGUUUCUUUUACAUCCUCCACGCAGUGUUUGGCCGUUUCUUCUGGCUGGCCCGCGUGGCCCUUUUUGCCCUCUCCUGCCUGUACAUUCUGCAGAAAUUCGAGGGCGACCCGGAGAAAGCGGUGCUGCCGCUGUGCUUCAUCAUGGCCGUGUACUUCAUGACGGGACCGCUGGGAGCAUACUGGCGGAAAGGGGGUGGACCUGGAACUCUGGAGGAGAAGAUCGACCACCUUGAUACCCAGAUCCGCCUCCUUAACAUCCGCUUGAGCCGAGUGAUUGAAAACCUAGAGCGCUCCAGUGACCAAUGAAAUGAUUUUCAGCCCCAGGCUGAGGGUCAGAGCUGGGGUUUGUGAGAUGGGAUGAGAAGAAAAAAUAGUUUUGGUUUCUUUUUCUCAGGAUGUCCCAAUUUUAGUCAGGCAAGAAUUGUAUGUGACAUAAAUCCCCCAGUUGAUAUGCUGAAAAGAGUCUAUUAGAUGCACCCUAUUGUUGUGGAAUGUAUUGUUAGUGUCCACUUCUACUGUAGCCGCACCAUUUUUGAGUAAAUAUCAGGACUUUUUUGUAUACUGUGGGUUUGUGUGUGUCUGCAAGCCUUGAGUUGAGUGUGUUAGUCCAUUGCGCAGAGUUAGGGCAGUUUAUAUAAGUGUGUGUUAUUUAUCAAUCAUGAAGGCAAUGCGAUUGAGAGUUGAUUCGGAAACACUCAAAGUGUGAAGAAUAGUCAGUAUCACUGCAUUUUUGUUUUUUUUUCAUCUCUCCCUUGUCUCUUCUUGAGGUCACUCUGAGUUCAGGACCGAUCAGGGAUAGAGAUGUAUGUGGAAAUCGCUUUCGGAAAGCAGCUAGUCAUCAGAAAGCGUGAGGAUAUCAGACCAGUGUUCCUGGCAGCAAAAUAACAGUGCUGCAAUGUAUACCAGUAUCUCUGUUUAACUUGAGCCAAGAGCGAGAUGUUCUCAUGUGCUUCAGAUAAGUACAUUCAGGGUAAUACCUGGUCAUGCACUUUGUUCUCAGCAUGAGAUCAUUGUAUUAAUUAUAUGUACCAUUUUAAUACGCGUCUAGAAAGGGAUUGAUUAAAUAUUGUUUUAAUCCCACUACCUAUUAGUGCUGCUUUAAAAUCGUUUUAAGAAAGUGGCCUCUAUGGUUUGAUCCACAGUGCUAUUUUGUCUAUUUGAAAUGCCUGAUAACUAAUCUAACUUAUUCUUUUUGCAGUUUUAACUUUCAUUCCACUUUUUGGUUUUCAAUUCGUCAUGUUUUUGCAACUUUGCUAAACCGUUGUAGCCAAAGCUAAUUUGCAUGUUUUUAAAAAUAUAUUUCGAACAUUUAUUCCCUGCUUCAUAGAUUUAAAAAAUACUGUAAUUUAAAAUUUUUAUAUAUGUUUUUACAUUUUAAGAGAAAUAUUAUGAAUGGUCAGUGUUUCAAGUAUAUUUUCAUUCCAUAAA